CAGUCCCUAAUCCAGGCAAAAGACAUCUUGAGGAAAAAAAUAGUCUAUAUGAUACACCUCAUCCUCCACAGCCUCAUCCUCUGACAGCAAUCCCUCAUAUAAUGAGAUUUUCAUACACACAGUUGAUUGGCAUAACUACCAAUUUUGCUAGGAAAAUUGGGAAAGGGGGAUUUGGAGUUGUGCUUCAUGGUUGUUUGGAAAAUGGAAAGCAAGUAGCUGUCAAGUUGAAUUCUCAAUCAUCACCGCAAGGGGAAAGGCAAUUUGUUGCUGAGGUUCAGAAUUUGACAAGAAUUCAUCAUAAAAACCUGGUUGAAUUGAUUGGAUACUGCAUUGAUGGAGAAGGCCUAGCUCUUGUUUAUGAAUAUAUGGCUCAGGGAAGCCUUCAUGAUCAUUUGAUAGGUUAUGAAACCAUGGCAUUACUGCUAAAUAAUUCUUGCAAGUAGAUUAUGU